GGUGAUAGUUGUAGACAACUUGGCAAACUCGUCGGAAGAAGCAGUGAGAAGAGUUGUUGAACUGGCCAAGGACAAAGGCAGCAAUCUGACGUUCCUUAAGCUCGAUCUCCUCGACAAGGAAGCGGUUGAAUCCAUCUUUCGCAGCCAUCAUGUCGACGCAGUCAUUCAUUUCGCGGGCCUUAAAGCCGUUGGCGAGAGUGUUAGUCUACCCAUGAAAUACUAUCACAACAAUUUGGUUGGGACACUGAACUUGCUCGAAGUCAUGGCAGAGCAUGAUUGCAAAAAGAUUGUAUUCUCGUCGUCUGCAACUGUUUAUGGUCAACCACAUCGUGUUCCUUGUAUGGAGGAUGACACCCUGCAAACGCUCAACCCUUAUGCCAGAACCAAGUUAUUCAUUGAGGAGAUUUUGAAGGACGUCCAAAAGGCAGAUGCGGCAUGGCGAAUAGUCAUCUUGCGAUACUUUAACCCUGUUGGUGCUCAUCCUAGUGGUAGGAUCGGCGAAGACCCGAAAGGCCUUCCUAACAACCUAAUGCCAUUUCUUCAGCAAGUCGCUGUGGAUAGAAGGCCGCAUCUUAUGGUCUUUGGCAACGACUACGAGACGCGAGAUGGAACAGGGGUUCGAGACUUCAUUCAUGUAAUGGACCUCGCAACGGGACACGCAGCUGCUCUUCAAAAGAUCUUUCACACUGCGGAUAUGGGUUGUGCAAUCUACAACCUUGGGAAUGGCAAAGGGAGCUCUGUUCUUGAGAUGGUGGCAGCUUUUGAGAAGGCGGCUGGCAAGAAAAUUCCAGUGAAGAUUGUGGAACGGAGACCCGGGGAUGCGAGCGAGGUUUAUGCUUGCACGGUGAAGGCUGCUCGAGAACUUGAUUGGAGUGGGCAGUUCACGAUCGAUGACAUGUGCCGGGAUCAAUGGAAUUGGGCUCGGAAUAACCCCUGGGGAUACGCUGAUGGUCCCUCGCCUUCAGAAGCUCAAGACAGGCCAGCUCAAGGAGCUUCUGAUAAUACGAUUGCAGCACUCACCAAAGAGUCAUCUAACGGUGUCGCCGUAGCAGACAAGCACAAAGAAAAGGUCUCAGUAGACCUAUGA